AUGACUCUGAAAAUAGGCCCAUCAAACAGUGAAGGAGCUAGCAAAGUCAGCCUCUUGAAGAAAGUACCAGCACUAAAGGACGGAGACUUCACCCUAGCAGAAUGCACUGCCAUUCUGCUGUAUCUGAGUCGAAAGUACAAAACUCCCGACCACUGGUACCCAGCAGACAUACAAAAACGGGCCCAGGUAGAUGAAUACCUCUCAUGGCAUCAUGCUAACAUCCGGGCUAAUGCUCCUAAGACCAUGUGGAUCAAGGUGCUGAUUCCCCUCUUCACAGGGCAGCCGCUGCCCUCUGAGAAGCUCCAGGAGGUUAUGGAGGGGCUGUCCACUUCCCUGAAGCAAUUUGAGGAGAGGUUUCUGCAGGACAAGGCUUUUAUCAUCGGGAGCGAGAUCUCUCUGGCAGACCUUGUGGCCAUUGUGGAGCUGAUGCAACCUGUUGGAGUUGGUUGUGACAUCUUUGAAGACAGACCUAGGCUGAUGGAGUGGCGCAGGCGGGUGGAGGAUGCUGUGGGGAAGGAGCUUUUCUUCCAAGCCCAUGAGAUGAUCCUCAAUAUCAAAGAACUGACCAACAUUCAAAUUGAUCCACAGCUGAAAGAGCAUCUGGCACCUAUGUUGAUGAAGAUGUUGAAAUGAAUUAACCUAUCUUACAUUUUUCCUGCCCUUUUUUUUUAAUUUCUUCUCUGACCUCCAGUUCUACAUGUAACUGGAAAGAGCACUGUAAUUCUAACACAGAAAUUGCAAAAUUGCAGGGUGUUUCCCCCCCGCCAGGCCUUUCCUGUAUCUUUGGGGGUGGUAGCUGGGGAAGGUUUAAGACCUGAAACAUU